GAUGUUUGCUUGUGUCUUAAACUAAUGUGUGGAACAUAGAAGUGGAAGCAAGAGAUAAAGAAACAUCUUAAGAUAAGGCUAUAGUAAAUGAUUACAUAAUUGGGUGAUAUUUCCAUAGCCAUACAAUUGUCUGGAUGCAAUCAGAUGCAUGUAUAGUCUCAGCAAACCCAGUCAAAACUUUAAUCUGCUAGUCAUUGUUUUUUGUUCACCUUACCUGGAGGGAUCACCAUUAGCAAUAUUUUUACCUCAUACUACAGUUAGCAUCAUAAACAUUAAACAUGGAUGGUGACAAGAUUCUGGAGGGAAGUAUUAAAGCUGCCUCAUAUAAUAUGAUUCUGCAGGUGGCCUUCCGAAUCAUCACUUUUAUUCUGAAUGGCCUAGUCCUUCAUAAUGUAGACAAAGAUGUACUUGGUAUUUUGAAUGUUCGCCUAAUGCUAUUAAUCAUGACCAUUCUUUUCAUCUCACGUGAGGCAUUCCGCAGAGGAUGUAUGAGCAAGACAAGAGAACACAACUGGCCUCAAGUGAUAAAUCUUUUGUGGCUAACGGUGCCAAGUGUAAUUAUUUGUUCAUUUUCAUUCUGUUACAUUUGGUUGCAUUGGCUAGAACUUCCAGCAGAAAAGUAUGUUGCAGAUUAUAAAUUUGCAGUCUACAUAUUUGGCAUAAGCUGUGUGAUAGAAUCAUUUGUAGAGCCUGUCUACCUUUUUUCCCAGGCAUUUCAGUAUGUUAGAUGGAGAAUCUUUGUCGAUUGUGUUAUGAUGCUUAUCAGAGUUGGCACACUAGUUGUGUCAGUGUUGUACUACCCAGCUUACACCAUCAAAGCAACGGCGUGUGGACAAGUGGCAGUUUCUACCGUCCUUGUAGUGCUAUAUUGGUUUUAUUUUUACCAACAGUUUCAAAGGAAGGCAAACCUUAUCAAAAAUAAGGAUUUACAUAAAGAUGACCCUUUAUUGGCACUACCAUUGAAUUCCGUGCUUGACUUUUUCCCUAAAAGAAUCCAAGGACAGACCUUCAUCGAAAGUGAUCUUGCAUUCCUUACAUGGGGAUUUUUCAAGCAAGGAAUCUUAAAACAAGUGUUAACGGAAGGGGAAAGAUAUGUUAUGACGGUGUUUGCAGUCUUGAGUUUUGCUGAGCAAGGUGUUUAUGACGUCGUUAACAAUCUAGGAUCCAUGGCUGCUCGAUUUAUUUUUCUUCCAAUUGAGGAGAGCAGCUAUUUUUACUUUGCACAAAUGCUAAAUAGACAGAUCCCAAUUGAACAACAGCCCCGUCAAGAAAUCGAACAAGUUGCUCGAGUUCUGUACAGACUUUUAAGGGCGCUUAGUCUUAUAGGCUCCAUUAUAGUUGUCUUUGGAUUCUCAUAUUCCCAUCUACUCCUUCGUCUUUAUGGAGGCAUCACUUUAACUGAUGGACCUGGCCCGUUGUUAAUGAAAACUCAUUGCCUUUCCGUUUGCCUCAUGGCCAUCAAUGGAGUAACCGAAGCAUAUGUAUUUGCUGCCAUGAGCUCCAAAGAGUUAGACAAGUAUAAUGGGCUGAUGGUUAUUCUCUCGUGCGUAUUCUUGUUUCUGUCAUGGUUGCUGAGCCGUGCUGUGGGAAGCGUUGGAUUCAUUCUGGCUAAUUGCGUCAAUAUGCUUUUAAGAAUCAUUCACAGCCUCUGGUUUAUUAGCGGGCAAUAUCAAAAUUUGGGAUUCAAGCCAUUGCGUGGCAUGAUACCUACUAUGCUUGAAACUUCAUCUUUAGUUUUCGCAUUCGCCAUAACGGCAACUUCGUCCUUGCUUGUAUACCCAGAAUCUGCCAUUUUUCAUGUUAUCAUCGGUGCAAUCUGUGGUCUUGCUGUGAUUGGUGCUGUACUGUACGAGGAACCCGAAUUGAUGCGCACAGUAGUGAUUGCCGUUAAAAAACGUCUUGGAAAGGUAGACUAAUGAAAACCUAAAAAUUUCAUUCGCCAUCAAACAGGAUGAAACGUUUAAACUGUGUAUUGAUAACAUAAUAAAAGAGCAACGUACUAAUAGAACAUUUAAUACUUAAA